AUGCGUUCGCUGCCAUAUGCUCUGCCGGCGCUGUCGCUGUUCCUCCCGCGAGCAGUCGUCGGCAGCCCGGAGCUGUCGCUCGACUGCGCCAGCCACGAUGGCAGAACAAACGACGAGUGCAAGCGGCCCAUGCAGGCUGUCACGACGGUUACCCCUGGCGCAUAUUACAUCGCAAAGAUCGCCUGCCCGGACUGUGCUGUGCCGGAGUUCUCUGGCGAGCGCGAGAACCGGACGUACAGCCUUGUGCAAAAAGAGAAUGAUCUGUUCUUCAACAUCUCUCUCACGCGCGACCACCGCACGCUGCUAUUGAACGGCCAGCCGAUAUUCCCGUCGCUCUCUACGAAUCCGCACCCACCGUACAUAUCAACCCCGCAGAUAGCCCCAAACUUCACGCGCAGCGACCUCGCCGACACCCUCGCAUGUGCCCGCAAAUGCCGCGACGAGAGCCACGGCUGCGCCUGCAUCGAGUCCGUCAUAUCGACCGCAGAACUAGAUUUCGACUACUACUCCAAGUGGCUGGACUCGCACCCCGAGACACAGACGGAGAAGUGGGAGGUCACGCUUGACGCGAUCGGGGGCAGCAACGGCCCGGACAAGGACGCUGGACGCGUCUUCGGCAGCGACGACCAGUCUGUGCUGCGCAUCAUCAUGCAAGGCAAAGAGAUACAAAAAGACAGACCAGGCAGCCACAAGCAGGCAGGCAGCCCUUUGUCCGGCGGCUACCAGGAGCCCGAGACCGUCUAUGACUACGAGAUCGCGAGCAUCGAGUUCUCGCAGCGCUACGCCGAGGUGCCGCGGGUCGAGAAGCUUGGGCUGUGGGAUAAACUGCGCCGCUUUUUUGGCAGCGACGUCGUGCGCGGGGACGGGCAUGUCGUGUACCUCGCCGAGGAAUGGGGCGGAUAUGGCAAGAAAGGCUCGCUGCGCCAGGGCUUCGGCAUCGUGGUCCACGAGUGGCGCUGGGACAUCGUCUUCACCAUUGUGGGCGUCGUCGCGCUGGGCCUCGCAGCCGCCUGGUUCUCAUGGUGGCUCUUCUUCGCGGUGAAGCGGCAACGCGAGCUCGCGCGGUGGGACGGCAUGGAUCAGGUGUGGGCGCGCAUGCGGCGGGAUGGCGGUGACGAGGAGGACGCGCAGCUACUGGCUGCUGGGUACAGAGACGAGAAUGCGUAUAGGGAUAGAGAGAGCGCUGACGAGGGGUAUAGGGAUGAGCCCGGGGACAGUCCGCCGAGUUACUCGGAUGAGAUUCAGACGAACAAGCCGCUACCGAGCAAGCCUCUGCCCGAGAAGCCGCUGCCUGCGGUUCCGCUCAUCGAGUCGUAG